CUGGUGCGCGGCGCGCCUCUCGCUCUCUUCCAAGUUGGGUGUAGUGGUCACGUGCGUCCUUCGCCGGUUGCCGCCGCCCGGCCACCACCAACGCGGGCUACUCACCGUCCAACGUCACGCACAGCUGCGCUACGACGGCCUCCACUACUGCUCUUCACCCCCAAUCAUCCUAUCCGUGCCGCCCAGCGUUGACAGAAGCCAUGCAGUCUGCCGCCAGCCGACGUGCUCUCAGCUACCUCGCCUCCAAGCUCCACCCCCAGCUGCCGCUCUCGCCGCGCGAGAGUGCUCAACUGCUGGCUAUCCUCACCACGUCCUUUCGCGCCCACCUCGACCGCGCACACCCUCUGGUCCCUCCAGAAGGGACCCCAGAAGAUAACGAAGCUCGGCGCCAGCAUCAUGCGGGAUCUCGUAACUCGAUCUCUUCGCAUGGUGACUCUUCGCACUUAGCCGCUAGGGAACACAUACAAUCCAUAUUGACGAACCCACUGUUUGCUGUCAACCCACAGAGAAGGUCAUCUGAGCGAACCAAGACCGACGCCCAAUCCGUGCUGCGGGAUCCUCUAGGAUGGUUUCUCGAUCAAGUAGCGCUUGGGCUGGCUGACCUCCCCAAAGCAGCCAUGUGUCUACAAAUGCUCCACAAGAUGCCACGAGAUGCCACUAGAACAGACUCGUCCUGCAGAGCCUCGGAUAGCCCGAGACCCGCUUUUCACAUAGCCCAAUGGCUCCAAUCGAGUGGAAUGGACAGGUCACCGGAGUUCCUCUGCUAUGAUGUGAACCGCUUGCUCAGACCGUUGGUUGGAAGACUCCUCGGUGAGGGCGAGAUUGCUAUUGUAUGGGGGUGGCUCACACGUCACCCUCGUCAACGGGUGGAGGAGACAGGUCUUGAAGAAGAGAAAGUGAGGGCGUUUAGACGCUCUCUCCUAUCAACCAUGGUCACCGCCGAAUCCACCAUUUCACAAUAUAUCGAUGAGGCGUUAUCCAUCUUUCUUCGAGCCGGCAAAAUGCGUUCAAACCAUGAAGCUCUUCUGGACCGGAAGACCUUGCAACCAGCAGGCUUCCUCCUUGUCAACCGCAUCUUAAAACACCCCAGCACAGUCAAAUCCCCGGAGGUCUACGAAGAAUUCCUGAGAUACGUACCGAAAUGGACGACGAGCCAGUCUCGUAGCGUACAAGGUGCUCUUUGGCUAUAUCAUCCUCACUCAGCUACUCCUGGCCCGGCGAUCGCUUACAUCAAGGACCCCAAAGGGAUGGCCUCAGAGCUGCAGUAUGCAUGGGCGGGCAGGCGGAAGUUCUUUGUGCACUUGUGUCUGGAGGCAGCUCGCCAGUGCCUAAAAGAGCAGUCAUUUGCCGAUGCUCAGUUCGCCCUGGAGUUUGCAAGGGACACCUUCCCCGAGUUGGUAAACACCAAAUCGUCUAGCAGCGUUGCUUGCGAUGAUGUGAGAGUUGAGGCCGAAGAGCGGUUACGCAACGAAGACAAGAAUUUGGAAAUGAUAGACCGGCUUCUUCCCACGGCGUGAUUGGAUCUCGAUUUGGAACAACAUCCACUAAUGCUCCACCAGCUCGUGACGAGAUUCCAUUACAUUGAGAAUGCUCCCAAACCGCAGCACGCACGAGAAAGCACAAGAUGACG